AUGACUAUCCCAACCUGGAAAUCAACCGUCUACAAGAAGCGCGCAGCUCAGCUGGCCGCUAUUCCACCUAGUUGGCGUCUCCCGGAGUCCAUCACUGCCGAUCCGCCACUUAACGCUCUAGAGGCAAUCCGCUCCUGUGACAUUCUCACGGAGAAAGAGCUGGAAUGGACGGAGAUAAACGAUAGUACUGUGCUGCUUUCCAUGCUGGCGAGCCGCGAGAUUAGUUCCGUUCAGCUCACGACGGCGUUCUGUAAGCGCGCGGCCAUCGCCCAGCAGCUUACCAAGUGCUUGACGGAGAUUUCCUUCGACAGGGCGCUGGCGCGGGCUCAGGAGCUCGAUGAUAUCUUGGAGAAGACGGGGAAGGUGACGGGUCCGUUGCAUGGGCUGCCGGUUUCGAUUAAGGAUCGGUUCGAUGUUGAAGGGUUUGAUACUACUGUCGGCUGGGUCGGACUAGUUGGUAAACCCGCGCAAAGCCACAGCAGUAUCGCCUUGUCGUUGGAGUCAAUGGGCGCAGUGUUGUACGUGAAGACGAAUGUGCCGCAAUCUUUGAUGAUGUCUGAUUCCUACAAUCAUGUGUUCGGACAAUCCAUCAACGCCUUCAACAACCAACUCAUCUCCGGAGGAAGCUCCGGCGGCGAAGGCGCCCUCAUUGGCACGGGUGGCAGUGUCGUUGGUAUUGGAACAGAUAUCGGGGGCUCAAUUCGUAUCCCAGCCAAUUUGCAGGGUUUAUAUUCGAUCUGUCCUACUACAGGUCGAGUACCAUGGAACUGCUCGUUCAUGCACCAACACUACCUCGUUCCUCCAGUCGCAGGGCCCAUGGCCCGCAGCCUUUCCAGCAUCGAACAUUUCAUGCAAUCCCUCCUCGACUCCAACCCUUGGAACAUCGAUCCAGGCUGCAUUCCAAUCCCUUGGAGAAAGGAACUCGCUGCGAAACCCACAGGUAAACUACGACUAUGA